UCAGCUGGCCGGCUGCAGUUUUACAAGCCAGUCACCAAGCUGCUGAAGAGCUCUUUCUGCAAUUCUGGCAGAAUCAGAGAGAACAGCAGUUUGCUGUUCCCAAACCACAUGGAAAGAGGGGAGGAAGAGACCACUUGCUUUUGGAGCACUUUUCUUUGAUCAGCUUCAUUUUGUGCAGAGUCUUUUCAGGGCUUUUGAAAGAGGCAGGGACUGGCUUGUGCUGCAUAACUAGGAUGAGCUUUAUAUUCAAAAAGAUAAAAAGCUCUUUUCUAGCAAGGCAGAUAAAAUUUGCUGCUAAGCUACAAUGGUGAAGAACUCCAUUUUCUAUACCUAGCACAGUAUGGAAAGCCAUCACCCCUUUCACAGAGUACUGUUGGUCAUUGCUGUGAUGUGGACAAGCAAACGUGGAAGUUAAGAGCAAAUUAUGACAUCGACAUCUAAAGGAAUUUUCCGGCCAUUUUUUAUUAUCUUCAUUAUCCUUGGUUGUUUCAUGGCAUUUAUAUUAAUUUAUAUCAAACCAACAAAUAGCUGGAUUUCUGGUCCUAUAGAAUCAGCCAGUUCAGUGUUGAAAAUGAAGAACUUCUUUUCUUCCAAAACUGAUAAUCUCAAUGAAACUACUGUCUUGAUCUGGGUUUGGCCAUUUGGUCAGACGUUCGAUCUGACGUCCUGCCAGACGAUGUUCAACAUCCCCGGGUGCCAUCUGACUAUUGACCGCUCGCUCUAUAACAGAUCCCACGCUGUCCUCAUUCAUCACAGAGACAUCAGCUGGGAUCUGGCCAAUUUACCUCAGCAAGCCAGGCCACCGUUCCAGAAGUGGAUUUGGAUGAACUUGGAGUCUCCAACUCAUACUCCACAAAAGAGUGGCAUCGAACACCUUUUUAACCUGACCCUGACUUACCGGCGUGAUUCAGAUAUCCAGGUGCCUUAUGGCUUCAUGAUGGUUGGCACCAGUUCCUUCACAUUUGAAGUACCAAGUAAGGAAAACUUGGUCUGUUGGGUUGUGAGUAACUGGAACCCUGAGCAUGCUCGAGUCAAGUAUUACAACGAGCUCAGCAAAUACAUUGAAAUCCACACCUACGGACAAGCCUUCGGAGACUACGUCAAUGACAAAAACCUGAUUCCAACUAUCUCCACGUGCAAAUUCUACCUUUCCUUUGAAAAUUCAAUCCACAAAGAUUACAUUACUGAGAAACUCUACAAUGCUCUUCUGGCUGGAUCAGUACCAGUCGUACUGGGCCCUUCCAGAGAAAAUUACGAGAAUUACAUUCCGGCAGACUCUUUCAUACAUGUGGAAGAUUUUCUCUCCCCCAGAGAGCUGGCAGAAUAUCUUCUGAUGCUUGACAAAAAUAAUAAGAUGUAUCUUAGUUAUUUCAACUGGAAGAAGGAUUUUUCAGUGCAUCUUCCUAGGUUCUGGGAAUCACAUGCGUGUCUUGCUUGUGAUCACGUGAAAAGACACCAGGAAUACAAGUCCAUUGGAAAUUUAGAAAAAUGGUUUUGGAAUUAAUUUGUGGGGGGUGUGUGUGGGUGUGUGUGGGUGCGUGUGUGCAUUUUUUUGAAGAAGCCAGAAAGGACUUCAGUCCAAGUGGAGAGGAAA